GAGAAAUAUUCAAAACCCCAUUGCGAUAUCUUUUCUCAGUCAAAUCCAAUUGAUCAUAACAACAAAGAUCCUAACAGUAGUAGUAGUAGUAGUAGUAGUAGUAGUAGUAGUCUCCUGGUCGCCCAUCAGAACACAUUUGCAGUGCAUUACUUUGGAAGCCAGGUGAUAUUGCUUGGACAUCAUACACCUGGUCUUCCUCUCUCAUCACCCACACAAAUUUCCUUGAGCCAACCGAUAUGCAAGCUCUCUCUGGGCAAGUAAGUGGAUAAAAAAUAAAUAAAUAAAUAAAGCAAGAGUUGCAAAGCACAAGUUAAAUAAUACAUGUACUUUCUCCUCCUUUCGGCACCUUAUAAUUUAUCUUAUUAUCAUUAUUCUUAUUUUACACACAUACACACAUUUAUGUACUUGUGUAUAUAUGUACGUAUGUAUGCAUGCAUAUAUGGAUAUAUGUAUGUAUGUAUGUAUGUAUAUCUUGCUUCUUCAAGUCGCCACUGUGGUGCAUUGACGCAUGAAGGCGUUUUGUUGACGUGUGGAUCUUACAGUCAAGGUGCAUUGGGGCAUGGGUACGACGAUGAUCUAAAAGAUCAGCUUGUUCUCAGACCAGUCAAGGAACUUGAGAAUAUGUUUGUAUUGGAUAUUGGGUUUGGUGGGAUGCAGUCAAGUUGUGUUGCUGUACCUCUCCAUCAAAAAUCAUAAUAAAAUUCUCUCUCUUUAUAUAUAAGUGUAUAUAAGUGU